CGAGCGCAUUGUUUUCGCGAGAUUGCGUGCCGUUUUGCCCAGGGAAAAAACGUGGAUUUGUUGGAGGAUAGUGUUUUUCGGUUAUUUUCUACGUUCGACCCAACGAAAUUAAUUUUUGUGAAGUGUAAUAAUUGUCUGAUUCAGAAUGAGUAAGGAAGAGGAAGCGCCUGGUAGAGUGACUCGUGGUGCACUCCGACGCAUGUCAGUGGACCAGGAACCGACAUCCACACCCGGAACGCCGAAAAAACAAACAACUAGUACAAAGAAGUCAGCCGUGCUUGAUGCUAUUCAGGAAGGAAGCACUGGCCCAUCCGACGUCGAGGAAGAUUCAGCAGCUGCCCGUUCGACGACGAAGGGCAAAAAAGAUGCAUCCUUCAUCGGCAACAAAUCGCUGCAGAAGGUUAAGGAACACGAGGUUAAGCCGCCACAUCGUACUCGUGCGGCCUCACUAACUGAAGAUAACGUUAGCUUAUUGGAAAACAUUGGUGAAAUUCGCCGUACGCCGCGACGACGCCCCUCCCAGGACACUACACUCACACCGCAGACGCUUCCUCCGACAACAAGACGUAUAACUCGGCGAAACAGUGCCACCUCCGACGAUGGAAACAUACCGGCGACCACCCCGAAGGCAUCCAAAUCUCGACUCAGCGUUGCACCGCCCACAAUCGCCGAGGAUGACGAAAAGGAAGACAAAGUCAACAGCAGUAGUACUGCGAUUGCAGAGGCAGAGCUUUCCGAUCUGGACAUUCGUAAACUGCGGAAUAGAGCGAUUUCCAACUCGCCGGUACCGAGAAGUUCACCGUCCGGUAAGAAUACCUCGGUGGCAUCGAACAAGGGAGACGAAGGCGAGGCGGAUGCUUCCAAGGUUUCGAGCCCCGCAAAGGAAGCUCAAGAACCCAAAGGCAGUGAAUCGGCGAUAGAGGUGCAGUCCGUUUCGGACGAUAGCGCUGAGAAGACUCCCACCAAAAGUGAAGGUUCGAAAAGUACGCUGGUGUCUCCGGUCGGAAGCGUGAAGAGGCAACUGAAGGAUGUCACGUUCGAAGAAGGCACACCAAAGCAGCUGGAUAAGAGCGUAUAUCCUAAGACACCGAUCGUGCCUCCCGGUGAGAAGCGUCGCAAGCUAAGUGAGAAGAGUGCUGCGGAAGCUGAUAAGUCUAUGUUGUUAUCGACACCCGAAGUGAUCGAUGCAACAGUCCUGGAAUCGCCACAGAAAGUUAACCGGAAGGCUGCAACGCCGAAGAUUGCGUCUCCCACGAAAGCGACGUUCGGAACGCCGAAAAAAGUUGACCAGUCGUUGGACAAAUCUAUCGACAUGUCGCUAGCCAGCAUCGUGGAAGAUGUACGCGAGAACAUCAACCAGGUGGAUCAGUCGAUGUCAAUCUUGGGCACUCCGAAACCUACCGGGAAGCAAAAGUCGCACUUUUCCCAUCUACGUGAGGGGACGUUUUCGACGCCGAUCUUGAAAGUGUUGGAGAUAGAUGAAGAAAAGGCAACAUCAGACUCGCCACCUUCAAAGUCGUGGACCCAGGCCGUGAAAGGGACCAGCAACGAUAAGGGUAUCGACGUAUUCAGCGUGAGGAAACAAGAGGAAGAACAGCGACAGGAAGAGCAAACCAAGCAGUUGAACGAAUCGCUGAAGAGGAAAAUUCUGGAGAAGAUUGAGGUUGAUGAUGACGAAGAGGAGGAGGAGGAGGAGGAGGAAGAGGAAGAUGAUGAUGCUCCGAAGCGGAACAGCUUUGUAGAUGAUGAAGCAAUGGAAGUGAAGGGAUACGAGUCGGGAGAUUCACUGGAUAGUGAAACUCGGGCGGAAAUGGAUGCCAACGAGCUGGAUGAGGGUGAGUCCCUUGGCAGUAAGGAUUCCGAAAUAGACGACGAAGAGGAGGAGAAUGACUCGUUCAUCGCUUCAGAUGAUGAAGAAUUUGACCUGCUGGAUGGUAGCGGUGACGAUUUGGACUCCGAAAAGGAGGAAAACAAAAGCAAGGACAAGAAAAAGCACAAGCGAAUCAUCCAUCAGGCAGAUUCCAGCGAUGAAGAGCAAUCGGUCAUCAAUUUGGAUGAGACCAACGCUUCGGAGAGUAAAUCGCCUAAGAAGACUCCCAAGAAGGCUGACUUGGAUAGGUCCAAAUCACUCAAUAAGACUCCUGCAAAGGGUACACCGGAAGCAACUUCAAGUUCGAAAACUCCGAAGAAGACUCCCGCUAAAAACUCUUUGAAUGCUUCAUAUUCAGCUGAUCUACCCCAAACUCCGAAAAAGACUCCGGCUAAGAGUACACCGGAAGCAACUGCAAAUUCGAAAACCCCGAAGAAGACACCCGCUAAAAAUUCUCCUGCUGAUGAUCAGAAUCAGAAAACACCUACAAUAGGUGCACUCCAAGAAGAGCCAGCAACGCCAAAAACUCAGAAGAAGACUCCAUCGAAGAAUUCUCUGGACGCUGAAACAAAGCAGGCUACCAGUGCCGAGAAACAUUCCACCAAAACCAUGGAGAACGACGCUUUAGCUGACAAAGUGGAUACUCCAAAGUCCCGAAAAUCUCUCCCGGCCCCUGCUCUCAUUUCAGCCGAUUUCUACGCAUCAGCGAAGAAAGCCACCAAACGUAACACGAUCAAUGUCCUGGACAGCGAGAAGGUGUCGGAAUCCGCGAAAUCCACCAAUCUGGUCUCCAAUCCGGCCGCUUUGGCUCUGGCCAAAAAGAACAAACGCCUCUCGCUGGGAGCGUCUCCUCCGGAAGCUGCCUUGAAGAAGGACAAACGGGCAUCCCUGCCCGGUAAGCUUACGGUCGACAAUGAGAUCGAAAGCCCUUUGAACAGGAAGCAGAAGAAGAAGGAUGCCAUCCCGGAAGAGAACGGAACGGCGCUGGAUGCGGCUGAACCGAUGGAUGUUGACGAGUACGAAGAAGUAGCGGAAGAAAGUCCCGUCAAAAAGCCGGCGCAACUGGCGAAGAAGAAGCCGAAAGAUUUGAGCGAGUUCGACACUUCGGCCAUCCUGGCGCGGUGCAACGAAAUCGUGCGAUCGGACAAAGAGAAACGCAAACAGGGUGCGACGCUCAAGCAGAAGAAAAAGGACGAAAAACGCCGCCAGCGGGAAGAGGAACAGCAAGAAGAAGCCACCGAGGCGAAUGAAUCCACGGAACAGCAGAAGAAGAAGAAAAAGAAGAAGAAGAAGCCAGUCAACUAUCUGCUCGAGGAGCUAGGCGAAACGAAAGAAGAACAGGUGGCCAAAGCCCUGCAGCGCAAGAUGGCUAUCCUGGAGGCUAAGCGAGAGCGCAAAAAGGCCAAAAAAGUGGCCAAACUGCACCAGCAGCUGAACAAGGAGAAUCAACAGGAAGAGGGGGAAAAGAAUGAAGGAAUCGGUGCGAAGUUCGAAAAGAAGACCAAGAAGGAUAAGAAAGCGAAGAAAAUGCAAAAGGCAGCCGUCGAGGAAGAGCCGAAACCGGUGGUAAAGCGAGACAUUUCCGCAUUUGCAAUGUACAGUGCCCAGAUCGAGGAACUGAAGAAAGAACAAGCGGACAAGAGGAAGCCGAAAAGUAAGCAGCUGAAGGAGAAAAAUCAGCAACCAUCCGCCGCGCAGGAGGUGCAGGUAGCGCUAAAGACCAAAGUGGAUACCAAAUCGAAGAAGGACAAACAAGCCCAAACUCCUUCCGAAUCAGCGCCAGCAUCAGAUGAAAACCAUAAGGAAGAUAAGAAAAAACGUGCUGCUGAUAAAGAGGUUUCUCCUGAUAAACCUACCAAGCAUGGCAAAACUUCUUCGAACGAGCCGGAGUCUACGAGUGCUUCUGCUUCCAAACCAGCACCAAGUGAAAAGUUUAACGAAGAUAAGAGCAAAGAAGUUGUGUCUGAGAAACCUACCAAGCUAGUGAAAAAGAAGGACAAAUCAUCAGCGAAUGAGUUAAGCGAAUCCUUAGAAAAGAAGAAAAAGCUGGACUUACUCUUUGCUCCUCUCAAAUCCGUCGUUUCGACCAACGACGACGAACUUGCCACACUGAAGAAGUCCCUCAUGGAACCGGUGACCAAGGUGGUUAAAAAACAGAAACUCUCCCAAAAUGAUUCUAACCCCGUCACGGUAGCGGAGUCUACGCCCCCACGCAAGUUGAAAGCUCUCAGCCGAUUGGAGCUAGGUUUCCACGAAGAACCGUUAACUCCAGAUCACAAGCUGCUCAAACGCAACCAUGGUUUCAAAGAGGAACCUGUCACUCCCAAGACGAUCGGUUUCAAAGUGUCCAAUGUACUGCCUGCUGGACAGGAAGCAUUACAACAGCAAGCCGUCUUGGCUAAGAAAAAUAAGACCUAUUCGAAUUCAAACCGCAUUCGUCCGGAGGACGUGAAGGAACCGGCCAAGGGUCUGCCGCUUCCCAUCUGGACUCGCUCGGGAACAUUCGCAGUUGAGGAGCUAUCCGAAGCAAAGUCGAAGAAAUCCAAGGCAACGCGAAGCGUCGAAAGUGAUUUCGUUCCGCUGAACGUCAACGGAGGUGGCCAUUGUUCAACUGACUUCAUGGUAAAGACUCUUGGAGGCAAGAAAAAGGAACAUCAGGCUGGUGGUACGUCGAAAGCGCAUCGGAUCGAUCUGGCCACGGUGGACGAGAGUGUGAUCAAUUUCAAGAAACAGGCCAUCUUCGGGAAGAAUGCCCAUCUAAGGGAGAAAAAAUCGAAGCACUGAGUUGCCAGCUUCUAAGGCUGCCUCAAACUAUUGCUAUAAACGUGUUUUGUUUAGUUUGUAUCGUUUAACUUUUUGGAAUAAAGCAUUUUUUUUUUGUUCUUUUAAU